AGAGAUCGCGCGCGAUCGGCGGAGCGGCCGCGGGCGCGCCGCCCCGGGAGGCCGCCCACGGCCCCCGCAGAGGGCCAUGGAGCGCGUGGACGCGCUCGGGGGCGCCAUGGCCUCCACGGCGCGGGCCGCGGAGGUGCUCUCCUCGGGCCUGGAGCGGCUGGCCGGCAUCUUCCACUGCACGGGAGCCAAGCUGCAGGAGGUGCUGCCGGAUUUCCUGCUCUCCUCGGAGCUGGACGAGGACGCCGCUGGGGUGGCGGAGCUGCUGCUGGCCUGGCGCGAGGUGGGCGAGGUGGGUGUCGUGUUCGCCACGAGGAUGCUCGGCCUCAGCGCGGAUCUCCGAAAGGCAGCGCUCCAGGUGGACUACGAGCGAUCCCAGCGCCUCGCCGAGGUGGCUCGCUUGAGGCAGUCCCUCGCGGACGUGUCGGCGGCCGCCGCGGAGAGGGAGGCCGAGCUCGGUGCGGCAGCUCGGCGGGGGACCUGGCGGCUGCUCGGCUGGCUGAGCAGAGGACCUGGGACAGCAGCCCGCCACCGCGGAGGAGCUGGAGGAGGUGGAGAAGGCGGAGCAGCGGAAGAUCGCCGAGCACCGGGCGACCACCGACGCUUGCCUGGAGCACAUCGCCCAGCAGAUGGCGGCCGUGCACCUCAGGGCGAGAGAGGCGCUCUGCAGCGCCGUCCAGGAGGCUCGCCAGCACGCCAGGCCCGUCGGUGACAAGAUGGGCUCCCUGCGCUCCUGCUGGCGCGGGCGGCCCUCCGCGGGCGGCGGCGCGGCGGGGCACCCGCGGCUGGAGGCGGGCAGCGAGCAGGACUGGUGUUCUCCCAGGACACGGAGCUGACCCGCGGCGUGGCGGUGACGCCCUUAACGGCGCUGACGUCCACCUUUGGCGGCGGCUACCCGACGGGGACGAGCAGUUCUGAAGAGGAUCCGCACCUGCACGACGCGGCGCCCGCGCGGGGCGGCCCGCAGGCGAGGCCGCGGACGAAGCCCCUGGCGCCCGUGGCGGAGGGCGGGGCCGAGAGGGCG